AUGAAGUCUCGCAUUAUAUUGAAUGCAGCAGGGUGUCUGAUAAUAAUAAUACUCUUAGUAGUAUUAAUAGUAAAAUAUGUAUUUUCCAUCGAUGUUAGUGAAACUAUGAUAGCAUCUGUACUUAUACAGAUUGCAUCAAUCGCAGUAAUAGUCGGAUUUUGUUUUUGGGCAGUUAAAAAACACUUGAGCAUAUGCGAUUCUAAAAAGUUAAGUACUGAGUCAAAAUUUGAUACUACUAUGCUAAUAUUGUGCACAAUAUCGACGAUUCUAUUAAUGAUUAUCUAUACUAUUGGCAAAAGUGAUUUGUGUAUGUUUAUGGCAAUGUCUUUACUUAUAGUGAUAGCAAUGAUGAAUAUUAUAGCAGAUCAGCCAUCCAAAAUAUUUCAAAUUAUGCUGGUAAUUGGUAUGCUGAUAAUACGCAUUUUGCAGAUUGGAUAUUUAGCAUACGACGAAGCAUGUACAAAAAUGUUUCAUAUGAAACUUGAUAAAUCAUCAUCAUAA